AUGUCUAACGGCAGCUCCAUCACCCAGUUCCUCCUCCUGGCAUUCGCAGACACACGGGAGCUGCAGCUCCUGCACUUCUGGCUCUUCCUGGGCAUCUACCUGGCUGCCCUCCUGGGCAACGGCCUCAUCAUCACCACGGUUGCCUGCGACCACCACCUCCACACCCCCAUGUACUUCUUCCUGCUCAACCUCUCCCUCCUCGACCUGGGCUGCAUCUCCACCACUGUCCCCAAAGCCAUGGCCAACUCCCUCUGGGACACCAGGGACAUCUCCUACACAGGAUGUGCUGCCCAGGUCUUUCUAUUUGUCCUCUUCAUCGUAGCAGAGUUUUCUCUUCUCACCGUCAUGUCCUACGACCGCUACGUUGCCAUCUGCCAACCCCUGCACUACGGGACCCUCCUGGGCAGCAGAGCUUGUGUCCACAUGGCAGCAGCUGCCUGGGGCAGUGGGUGUCUCACUGCUGUGCUGCACACGGCCAAUACAUUUUCAACACCCCUCUGCCGGGGCAAUGCUGUGGGUCAAUUCUUCUGCGAAAUCCCACAGAUCUUCAAGCUCUCCUGCUCACACUCCUACCUCAGGGAAGCUGGGCUUCUUGUUUUUUGCAUCAGUUUAGCCUUUGGGUGUUUUGUUUUCAUUGUGGUGUCCUAUGUGCAUAUCUUGAGGGCUGUGCUGAGGAUCCCCUCGGAGCAGGGACGGCACAAAGCCUUUUCCACGUGCCUCCCUCACCUGGCCGUGGUCUCUCUAUUUAUCAGCACUGCAGUGUUUUCCUACCUGAAGCCCCCCUCCAUCUCCUCCCCAUCCCUGGACCUGGUGGUGGCAGUGCUGUACUCGGCGGUGCCUCCAUCAGUGAACCCCCUCAUCUACAGCAUGAGGAACCAGGAGCUCAAAGGGUCCAUUAGAAAGUCAUAUCAUGGUGGGGUCUCCCCAAAGUACCGCUUGAAGGCUGGACUCUACUUCCAAAGUUGGUGA